UCGGUGGAGCUACAACCACUGGCCAUAAAUGAGAACUCAAUUAGAACGUUUACAUUUCUGUAAGACAAACCAGCAGCAAAGCAAACGAGUUGCUGUUCACCUUCUUGUUGUUGCUGUUGGUGUUGCUGCUGUUGUGGUACAUUAUUUUUUGGCCUAAAUAGUAGGCCUUGAGGAAUCGGAAUCGGAAUCGCUUGAGUUGUUUUUGUUCACCGGAGAGCGCCAGCCGCGCGCAGCAGCAGCAGCACCAGAAACAACAGCUCACUCUGCCGCCGUUGCUCUGUGGUGGUGCCUCGUCGUUUUGCGACACCGCUUCAGUGUAAAUUUUUCUUUUGGCCCAUUCGGAUGUGGCCACGACGCGCGCGUUGUCCGUUAACAUUAUUCUUAUUAUUAUUGUUGUUAUUAUUUAGGCUUUAACUGUGGAUCCGAUCCGCUGCGCUUGCCCUUUCGUUUCUGUCGUGAAUAUAUUUGUGUUCCAGUUGCCGCAGCAUUCCCGAGUCCGGGUUGUGGGAGGAGAUGGCCGAAACGAUCAGCACUGCAGCCAGCAGCAUGGAGCUGGCCCUCAAGGACACCAGCCCCUCGGUGGCAGUGGGAGGGGGCCUCAUAGUGGAUAUGACGCCGACCACGGCAGCACUGUUGCACCACAAUGCACUGGCCCUGCGCAGCCUUAAGGAGGCUGCAGCCCAUCGGGAUGCGUCCGUCUCGGGAUCCGCCUCGGAAUCAGAGCUCCCGGAGCCGCGCUCGCCAACGCCGACCCCCACGAAUCUCAGUACUGGCGGCCCCCACUCGCCGCCCAUGACAUUCCGCUGCGAGAGAUGUGACAAUUUCGAAACGAGCUCCCGGGCCUCGCUGCUCCUCCACGUGGUGCAGUGUUUGGCCGGACAGGCGGCUGCGGCCGCGGCAGCUGCCUCGGUCCGUCUGAAGAGCGAGGAUCUGGGGGAGCCGGAGAACAUGAGCCUCAGCCACAUGGACACUGGAAAGCCAUCGUCGGACAACGUCGGGGGGUCCAGCUCCUCGGCCAGCUCCUCGCCGGCGGGCAAUGGCAGUGGCAACAGCAGCAGCUCCAGGAAGGUCUUCGAGUGCGACGUGUGCAAUAUGAAGUUCUCCAACGGAGCCAAUAUGCGGCGCCACAAGAUGCGGCACACGGGCGUGAAGCCGUACGAGUGCCGAGUCUGCCAGAAGCGAUUCUUCCGCAAGGACCACCUGGCCGAGCACUUUACCACCCACACCAAGACGCUGCCCUACCACUGCCCCAUCUGCAAUCGCGGCUUCCAGCGGCAGAUCGCGAUGCGCGCCCACUUCCAGAACGAGCACGUCGGCCAGCACGAUCUGGUCAAGACCUGCCCUCUCUGCAGCUACCGGGCUGGGUCCAUGAAAUCGCUGCGCAUCCACUUCUUUAACCGGCAUGGGAUCGACCUGGACAACCCGGGGCCCGGCGGCACAUCCUCCCUGCUUCUGGCGCUCGAGUCGCAGGCUUCGGCGGCGGCGGCUGCGGCUGCUGCCAGCUAUGUCCCGCCCGGCAUGAGUCCCGUUCCCGUUCCCGUGCCCGUUACAGCCCAGCAGCAACAGCAGCAGCAGCAGUCGUCCUCGGUGGCGCCUCCUCCUGCCAGUCAUCAGAGCGACAGCGGGGAGUCGAUGCGCUCCCUGGAGAACGCCACACCGCCCAUGCACUUCCUCACGCCGCACGUGGAGAUCUCCACGCUAAGCGAGAACGGGAACACGGAGCUAUUCAACCUGAUUUGCGUUUGGCGUGAAUCUGCAUUGCAGGGCAACAACAAUAACAACAUCAACAACAGCAACAACAACUGCAGCAGCAGCAGUAACAACAACAAUUGCAACAGCCACAACAACAACAACACAAUUAGUGUGAUUAGCAAUGGAAACAGCGAGUCCAAUGCGGAGAAGGUGAAAGAUCGCGCCCUGAUCAUGCAGUCGCCGGUGGAGCUUCAGCUGCCCAUGGACUGCAACACAAAGGCCACACCCAUCACGUCGAGCACCACGACAACGACGAGCCUCAAGAGCCAUCUCCAGCAUCACCACCAUCACCAUCACCACCACCACGAGAAUCACAUAACGCCCUCGAUCAGUCUGAUACCAAUCAAGCAGGAGCCAAUGACAGAGGAUGUGGACAAAAAGUUGCAGGUCAACGGCAGCGAUCCCAGCAGCGACACAGAACAAUCUUCCAACCACAGCAGCAACAACAGCAACAACAACAACAACAGAACCUCACUGAUUAAGGUCUCACCAUUGAAAUCUCUCCUGCGAGAGGAUCUGAAACGUCGAAUAUGCGCCAAGGCCAACAACCGGAUCACACGGAAUGCCACACCCCUGGAGAACAACAGCGUGCUGUCGAACAGUCUCAGCAAUGGGUCGGGUUCGGGUUCUGGAUCGGGUGGCGUAAACAGCAGCAGUAACGGCGGUGGCACGCCCGCAUCAGCGGUGCCGAAUCCCAGCAACGGGUCCGGCUCCACACAGAUCUGCAACGGCACGAUCACGUCGACGGGGCAGGAUGGGGAUCUGCUGAAUCGCAAGCUCAUUCUCACCUGCCACUUCUGCGGCAUCGAGUUCCCCGACGAGACGCUCUACUUCCUCCACAAGGGCUGCCACUGCGAGAGCAAUCCGUGGAAGUGCAACAUCUGCGGCGAACAGCUGAACAACGUCUACGACUUCAAUGCUCAUCUGUUGAGCAAGAGUCAUCAAUAGCAGCCACAGUUCGCCAGCGGCAUCUAAGCCUGCUUGCUGGCACUUUGGUGGGGUGGUGGGUGGGGUCUGGCGCAGGAGGAGAGAACCUCCACACCUGGACACGGAUGCGAGAGCAAAUGCGAAUUCGAAUGCGAAAGCGAAUGCUUAUUCCGAAUAUUUACUUAGCUCAAUUUUGAGAGAUUUUCCACAACCAGGCACACAGUUACGCUCAGAGCAAAUGAUUAUACACCUACCAUCUAGUUGUACAUCUAGAUCUACGUUUACAUCUACAUUAUACAUAUAUAGUUAUAUAUAGAGAUAACACUCAUCAUAUUUUUAUGACCUGCAUGCGGAGCCUCUGCAGGCGAGGCAGCAUGGAAUGAGAGCUACGUAGUUACCUUAUCCCUUAACGAAUCGAAACUUUACAUGAACGUUUAACGUGACAAGGAAAAGAAACAAACAGAAACAGAAACAACAGAAUAUGAUGUUGAAUAUCUUCCCCGAACAGAUACGAACCGAACCGAACCCUGUUAUGUAGUGUUAUUAUGCAUUAGGUUUAGUAGUUUUAGUCUUUAAGUCUUGGCAAUAAUUUCCAGCCGGUUCAACUGGCAGCAACACUUACGUCAUGAUGCGAUAUGUAAAUGGAAUACGUAAAAAGUACAGUACUUUCCUGUGACGUAAGUGAUCUUAAGUCGGUUUAGUGCAUUGUAGUUACGGGACGCCUCAAAGGUGGCAAUUUAUGGUUUUAAACUGGGCAGACCAUCCGGCCUCCACUCAUCAUAUACACACAUCGAACAUAGCAUCGUAUAUGCACAACAUACAUAUGCAUGCAUACUCGUAUGUACAUCAAAAUGCCUAAACAUGUUCAUCAAAGGCUUUAAAUUUGUUAUGUUUUCAGAGUUUAAUAGAACAGCAACAAGUUUAAUUAUACAGAUCUAUAUGAAAAGCAAUAUAAGCAACGUUACAUAUAUGUAAAACAGGAUAUAUAUAAACACACACACAUAGCCAGGUUAUAUACAAGACCCUCACUCACACUAACACAGGUACAGAUACAUACAUAGAUGCAAAUACAGAUACCGAUACAGACAUAGAAACAGUUUGUUUUAGCUUAGCAAGAGGUUAACGAAUUUUGAAUUCAAUUAUUAUAAUCGUUACUUUUACUUAACAAAAAACAAAUCAAAAACAAAGCAAAAACAAAACAAAAGCAGCAAAGAAAGCAAUAAAAAGAAGCAAUGAAGUAACGGCAACGUAGCAAAAGUAACAUUUCGAAUAUGUAUAUCCGCACAGUGCUGCUCAACAGUUUGCAUACAACGCCCACUGUGUGUCCAAAGCAUAGCAACCUUUUUUGAAACAAGCAAAACGCAAAGAACAUGCAAAAAUUACAAUUGUGAUACGAAAUUGUUGUAAAUAAUUGGUAAACUGAAACAUGGAUUAACAUGAAAUGAAAACCUUAUUGUUUAGAUAAAAACUAUGCCUUAGAUGCCUAUGAUAUA